AUCGAAUCAUGGGUGAGCUGUUCUUUCUCUUGAUCUUUCGAUGGGUAUCCGACCUUUUCUUUUUCCAUUAAAUUCUCUUGAAUUUUGAUAUAUAUACUCUUUGAUACCAAAUGGGAUUUUGGGAUUUUUUUGGGUGUUUGAUCUUUUCAUGAAUUAUUAGGGUUGAAAGUUGGAGAUUUCUUGUAAUUCCCAUGGAUUCAAGGAUCUUUAUUGGUUAGAUUAAAGAGGGGUUUGAAGGGAAAAAACUGUGAAAAAAUGUCAUCUAAAUCGACCAGCAGAACCCAUUGUUCCAGAAGCAGUUCUUCAAGAUUGAAACGAGAUGCUCGUGUUGUUUCUCAAACCCCAAUUGAUGCUAAACUUCAUGUCGAUUUCGAAGAAUCUGAAAGACAGUUCGAUUACUCAACUUCCAUUGAUGUCAAUGCUUCAACUUCAACUAGCAAUGUUCCUUCUUCGACUGUUUCAGCUUAUCUUCAAAAGAUGCAAAGAGGAAGUCUAAUCCAGCCUUUUGGUUGCAUGAUCGCCAUUGAUGAUCAGACCUUGAACGUAUUAGCUUACAGUGAAAACACCCUCGAGAUGCUGGAUUUAUCCCCACAUGCUGUUCCAAGCAUUGAACAACAAGAAGCUUUAACUUUCGGAACCGAUGUGCGAACGCUUUUUCGAUCUUCAAGUGCAUCUGCUCUUCAAAAAGCAGCCAAUUUUGCCGAAGUGAAUCUUCUGAAUCCGAUAUUAGUUCAUUGCCGGAGCUCUGGUAAGCCGUUUUACGCUAUUUUACAUAGAAAUGAUGUGGGUUUGGUCAUAGAUUUGGAGCCUGUGAAUCCUGCGGACGUCCCUGUAACAGCUGCUGGAGCUUUAAAGUCUUAUAAGCUUGCAGCUAAAGCGAUUUCUAGAUUACAAUCUUUGCAAAGUGGGAAUAUAUCUCGAAUGUGUGAUGUGUUGGUUCGAGAAGUGAGUGAGUUAACCGGUUAUGAUCGAGUUAUGGUGUACAAAUUUCAUGAAGAUGAACAUGGUGAGGUUAUAGCUGAGUGUCGAAAGCCUGAACUUGAACCGUAUCUUGGCUUGCAUUAUCCUGCUACGGAUAUCCCUCAAGCUUCAAGAUUUCUUUUUAUGAAGAACAAAGUUAGAAUGAUUAGUGAUUGUUUGGCUGCACCUGUGAAAGUGAUCCAAUCCAAGAACUUGGCUCAGCCGUUGAGUCUUUCUGGCUCGGCUUUACGGGCUCCUCACGGAUGUCACUCACAAUACAUGGCUAAUAUGGGCUCGAUUGCAUCUCUUGUGAUGUCUGUAACAAUAAACGAUGGUGAUGAUGACGAUGAUGAUGAUAACGAGUCUGAAAGUGGGAUCGAUCAGCAACAAAAACAAAAGGGUAAACGAUUAUGGGGUUUAGUUGUUUGCCACCAUUCAACAGCUCGAUUCGUACCCUUUCCUUUGAGGUACGCCUGCGAGUUUUUGAUUCAAGUGUUUGCUGUUCAGAUAAACAAAGAAGUUGAGUUAACCGCUCAACUACGAGAAAAACACAUCUUGAAAACCCAAACCGUUCUUUGCGAUAUGCUUUUGAGAGAUGCACCAAUCGGAAUUUUCACACAAUCGCCUAACGUAAUGGAUCUUGUUAUGUGUGAUGGAGCUGCGUUAUAUUACAAAAACAAGUUUUCGUUGCUAGGAAUCACCCCAACCGAAACCCAAAUCCGAGAUAUUGUGAACUGGCUUCUUGAAGAACAUUUAGGGAGUACAGGGUUAAGCACAGAUAGUCUCAUGGAUGCUGGAUAUCCAAAUGCUUCGGUUCUUGGAAGAGCAGUUUGCGGUAUGGCUGCUGUCAAGAUUACCUCAAAAGAUUUUCUUUUUUGGUUUCGGUCCCAUACAGCGAAGGAAGUGAAAUGGGGUGGGGCCAAACACGAUCCGGAAGAUAAAGACGAUGGAAGAAAGAUGCAUCCGAGAUCAUCUUUCAAGGCGUUUUUGGAGGUGGUUAAGAAUCGGAGUUUGCCGUGGGAAGAUGUGGAGAUGGAUGCCAUCCAUUCGUUACAGUUGAUACUGAGAGGAUCUUUGCAAGAUGAUGAAGAGACGGGUGACAAUGAUAAGAAGAUCGUGAGUGUUCCAGCCGUGGAUACGAGCAUUCAAAGGGUUGAUGAGCUGCGGGUUGUGGCUAAUGAAAUGGUUCGGCUUAUUGAGACGGCUUCGGUCCCUAUAUUUGCGGUCGAUGGCAAUGGGAAUAUCAGUGGUUGGAAUGAUAAAAUAGCUGAGCUUACUGGAUUGCCUUUGGAGCAAGCUGUUGGCGUCCCGUUAAUAGAAAUGGUCACCGAUGAUUCAAUUGAUGAAGUCAAAGUUAUGGUCUCCUCUGCUUUAGAAGGCAUCGAGGAGAAAAACGUUGAAAUCAACCUCAAAUGUUUUGACCGUCAAGAAACAAACGAUCACAUUACCCUGGUCACAAACGCUUGUUGUAGCCGUGAUCUGAAUGAAACCAUCGUAGGGGUAUGCUUUGUCGGACAAGAUCUAACAGCUAAAAAGUUAAUCACCGACAAAUAUACGAAGGUCAAAGGUGAUUACACUAGUAUUGUGCGUAGCCCGUGUGCGCUUAUUCCUCCAAUUUUCAUGAUGGACGAGUAUGGAAAAUGCUUGGAAUGGAACGACGCCAUGCAAAAAUUAACCGGUCUGAAGAGGGAAGAAGCCAAGAACCGAAUGCUUCUUGGUGAAGUUUUCACCGUUGGUAAUUUAGGUUGUCGGGUCAAAGGCGAAGAUACUUUGACUAGGCUUAGAAUAUUACUAAAUGAGGUGCUUUCAGGCUUGGAUGCAGAUAAGAUGAUGUUCGGGUUUUUUGACCAAAACGGUAAGUAUGUCGAAGCGUUACUUUCCGCUAACAAAAGGGUCGAUGGAGAUGGAAAUAUUACGGGCGUUUUGUGUUUUUUACACGUUACGAGCCCCGAGCUUCAACACGCAAUGAUGGUGCAACGAAUGUCUGAGCAGGCUGCGUUUAAUAGCCUCACGAAGGUGUCUUAUUUGCGGCAUGAACUCAAGAGUAGUUUAAACGGGAUCAAAUGUAUCGAGGAUUUGAUGGAAUCGUCGGAAUUAGGCAGAGAGCAGAGACAUAUUCUACGCAAGAGCCAUUUGUGUCGAGAACAAUUAGCGCAGAUCGUCAAUGAUGCUGAUAUCGAAAGCAUCGAGGAAUGUUAUAUGGAAAUGAAAUGUGCCGAGUUCAAACUCGGUGAGUCAUUGGAGGUGGUUUUGAAUCAAGUGACGAGUCUGAGCCGUGAGCGGAAGGUGGAGGUCGUGUAUGAUGCACCCGAUCAAGUGUUAUCGUUGUAUGUAUUUGGUGACAAUUUGAGGCUUCAACAAGUCCUUUCGGAUUUCUUGUCGAGUGCUCUCAACUUCACUCCGGCAUUCGAAGGAUCUUCGGUUCUUUUCCGCGUAACUCACAGGAUGGAACACAUCGGAGCCAAGAUACAAGUCGCCCAUCUUGAAUUCAGGAUUACCCAUCCGGCACCGGGGAUCCCGGAGAAGUUGAUUCAGGAUAUGUUUCACCACAACCGCAGUGCCUCGAGAGAAGGGCUUGGACUUUACAUCAGCCAAAAGCUCGUUAAGAACAUGAAUGGAACUGUACAGUAUCUUAGGGAAGCCGAGAGAGCAUCUUUCAUCGUUUUGGUUGAGCUUCCGGUGGCACCAUCGUUGACUUCCGACAGCAAACGGUCGAAAAGAAUCUGAAAACCGAAAGAAAUCUUUCGAGAUCGAGCGGAAACGGGAAUUUGAUGGAUCGACUGUGUGUAACUGCUUCUAUUUUGUACAGGAGGAAGAUAAAGGAGUUUGAAGCUCAUGAAUUUUCUUUGUACCAAAUUUUGAAUGUUCUUUAUAAUAUACGAGUCUUGUAACGUGCAUAAUCCAUUCUUUUUUUAUU